AGACUAAUUAAGCAAUUAACAUCUUUAGUUCUUUUUAUCUUUUAUCAAUGGUAUAAGUACAACAUUUCACACCUUAAAAAAAUUAUACCACUUCUUAGAUCAGUCAUGCUAGGAAACAUGCUUACUGAUAUUGUUGCAACCAUCCUUUUAGUGUUAAUGUUUGUUUAUGUUCCAUUUCAUCUCAUCAAUUCACUAUGGUUGAAGCCAAAGAGGUUGGAGAAGUGCUUGAGAGAUCAAGGCUUUCGAGGCAAUCCCUACCGUCCGAUCUCCGGUGAUCUCGCUGAGAUCAACAAAUCAUCAAUCUCCAAGUCCAUUUCAUCCCUCUCUCAUGAUAUAAUCCCUCAUAUCAUGCCCUUUUUUCAUCAAACCAUCCAAAAAUAUGGGAAGGACUCCUUUAUGUGGUAUGGAAGAAGUCCAAGGCUUAACAUUACAAAGCCUGAAUUUAUAAGGGAGAUAUUUACCAAGUACGAGGUAUUCACCAAGGGACCUCCAGGAAAGAAGACAACUUUUGGGCUAGUGCUGCGAGAGGGUGAAGAUUGGGCUAAAGUCAGGAGAAUCAUCAACCCUGCUUUUGAAAUGGAAAAGUUGAAGAAUAUGUUGCCAACAAUGGAAAAAUGUUGCGACACAAUGAUACGUAAAUGGGAAGAAAUAAUAGCGACAACUGGAUCAGCUGAAGUCGAUGUUUAUUCUUCUCUUAAUGUCUUUUCCGGCGAUGUAAUUGCUAAAACAUCUUUCGGAAGCUCUUAUGAAGAAGGUAAAAAGCUAUUUAAGCUCCAAGAAGAACAAGUGUUCCUAGCUUUUCAAGUAAUGCGAUCCAUAUCUAACUACAUUCCUGGAUGGAGAUAUCUACCCACUAAGGUUAAUCGAAGGAGGAAGAAACUGGCUCAUGAAACUAAAGAAAUGGUGAAAACUUUGGUGGAAAACAGAAAAAAAUUAAAGCAAACAGAAGAGUCAAUAAAUAAAGUUGACUUGUUAGGUAUAAUGUUAGAGUCAAAUGAAAAAGAGAUUGAAGAAAAUGGUAUUGGGCUCUCGAUGGAAGAAGUAAUCGAUGAAUGCAAGUUAUUUUUGUUAGCUGGAAAAGACACAACUUCAUCUUUACUAACAUGGGCAAUGGUGCUCCUUUCCGAACACCAAGAUUGGCAAAGCAAAGCUAGAGAGGAGGUUUUGUCGCGCUUUGGGAAAGAUAAUACUCCGGAUUAUAACGGCCUCAAUAGCCUUACAAUAGUCAAUAUGAUUAUAAAUGAAACAUUGAGGUUCUACCCACCAGCUUCAUCUCUAUCUCGAAUCAUCCAUACAGAUACAAAAUUGAAGAACCUAACUCUACUUAAUGGUAUGGAGAUUAAUAUGCCAACGAUCAUGGUGCAUCGCGAUCAAGAUCUUUGGGGUGACGAUGCAAAUGAAUUCAAUCCAAAUCGAUUUGCGAAAGGAGUGUUAAAUGCAAAUAAAGUUCCAGGAUCUUUUAUGCCUUUUGGUGGUGGACCUCGAAUGUGUGUUGGAAAGAAUUAUGCAUUGAUAGAGGCAAAGCUUGCCUUGACAAAGAUUCUUCAGCACUUCUCAUUUGAGCUCUCCCCAUCUUAUGUUCAUGCACCUAUGUGUCUAGCAGCAAUGGUGCCUCAAUUUGGUGCACCUCUUAUCUUGCACCAAAUUUAGGUAAUUUUUCAUGCUUCAUUUUGAGAUAAGAAAUGCUAUAUGCUUCGUAUUUUACUAAGUAUUUGUAUAAAUUAGUGUAUGGAUAAUUGUAUCCUUUAGAACCGUAUUAAUUUUUACAAUGCCCAUGUUCUAUAUUGUAUGCACCAAAGUCUUCCGUGUCACGGUAUUUUUACCGUGGCGCGGUAAUUUUCAGUUUUUACACAUUUUUAAAACUAUGAUAA